AUGUCGUCGUCGUCUGAUCGAUCGAUCUUUGGGAUUUGCACUACCUUCAACUUCGACCCUUCGACUUCGACCAGAAUUUGUAUUAUCAGGCUGCCUUUAGCCUUUUUCAAGGCUGCUAUGAUCCUCCACAGGCUUUUUGCUGUGACUGAUCUCCUAGGAGACCAGUAUUCUGUGGUGCACAGAUGUGUUCUCCCUGCCCUGUGUACAAAACAAGGUCAUGACGAUGAAACUGACACGUCCGAGAUCAUGUUCUACAAUGAUCCUGAAGACGAUGUGCCCCUGCCACUAGUCCCAUCAAAUGGCCCUGACGACAAUACCGGACAUAUGCCAGCAACCGUCACUGCAGGCUCUUGGCGCUCUGGCCACCCUUCAAAGCCCUCAGCUUGCAUCCGUGAUGCUGACAAUGUUGCUUCAUCCUCAGGCACAAGGAAGCGUGCACACACAUCAUCUAAUACGGCUGAUGAAGAUCUCCCUUCGGCUGCUCCUGAUCCAGGAGAAUCAUCAUCUGAUGAGCUGAUCCCCCAGCUUGAUGAUGAUGAUGACGAGGCUGAGUCAAACUGCGAGUCAAACUGUCUCAAAAAGCGAUCAUACAGCAGACAUCUGGACUAUAUUCACUCAUAUCCCUGA